AUGUCGUCAGAUUAUUCCAACAUAAAGGACUCAGCUCCAAUUGAACAUCGCUUCAAUCCUUAUUCGGAUAAUGGAGGAACUAUAUUGGGCAUAGCAGGAGAAGACUUUGCAGUGUUAGCAGGAGAUACUCGUCAUACCACUGGCUAUUCGAUCAAUUCAAGGUACGAGCCCAAGGUGUUCGAUGUUGGAGACAAUAUUAUAAUGUCUGCGAAUGGGUUUUCAGCCGAUGGAAAUUCGCUAAUUACAAACUUCAAGACAAAUCUACAAUGGUACCAUUUCAAUAAUAAUGAGGAAAAAUUAAAGAUCUCGUCGGCAGCAAGAUUGAUCCAACAUUUGUUAUAUGGGAAACGAUUUUUCCCAUACUAUGUUCAUACAAUUAUAGCUGGACUAGACGAAAAUGGCAAAGGUGCAGUAUAUUCAUUCGAUCCAGUUGGAUCAUACGAAAGAGAACAGUGCAGAGCAGGGGGAGCAGCAGCCAGUUUGAUCAUGCCCUUUUUAGACAACCAAGUCAAUUUCAAGAAUCAAGCAAAUCAGCCAUUGAGAUAUUUAUCGUUGAAUGAAGUUUUGUCAUUAGUAAAAGACGCGUUUUCUAGUGCAACAGAGAGACAUAUUCAUGUUGGUGACUAUUUAGAGAUAUUAAUUGUCACCAAAGAAGGUGUUAGAACCGAACUUUAUCCAUUAAAAAGAGACUGA